AGAUGUCCUCCACACAACCCACCCACCGUCGCGCCGUCCGCCGAACAGACGACUACACCCCCAACACCCCCAAAGUGAACAUCGUAACAGAGCCACUCCCCCUCCCCUUAUCCCCCACAGCAGUCCUAGUCCGGGUCCACGCCGUGGCCCUCAACUACCGCGACGCCAACAUCGCCAACGGCGGGAACCCAUGGCCUGUUCUCCCCCACGGGAUUCUGGGCAACGACGCCGCCGGGGAAGUAAUAGCCACCGGGGACAAAGUGAAGACCCUAGCUGUUGGGGAUCGCGCGGCGCCAAUCACAGACACCGAGCAGAUUACAGAGCGUGCGGCGAAACGGUCGUGGUUGGCUGCUGACGAAGAUGGAGUGAUGGCGGAUUACAUCGUUUAUGAUGAAAGUGUGCUGUGUAAACUUCCGAGUUAUUUGGACUGGGUGCAGGCGUCGAUGAUUCCUUGUGCGGGGGUUACGGCGUGGUCGGCGUUGAAGGGGAUGAGGAUUGGGCAGACGGUCUUGGUGCAGGGGACUGGAGGCGUCAGUAUGUUUGCGCUGAAUUUAGCGCUUACGGCUGGUCUGCGUGUGAUUCUGACUUCGUCGAGUGAUGCGAAGCUUCAGGCUAUCAAGGAGAAGUAUUCUGGUUCGGUUAUCUUGACGGUUAAUUAUAAAAACACACCGGAGUGGGAGGAUGCGGUGUUGAAGCUUACUGAUGGUGUCGGUGUGGACUUGGUGGUUGAGAAUGGCGGAACGGGAUCCCUUGUCAGGAGUAUGCGAUGCACUCGUCGUGGCGGGGUGGUCAGUCAGGUGGGAUAUCUUGGGAAACAGGAUCCGUCUGAGCUGCGAGAGCUGGUGCCAACCCUUAUUGAUCGGAGGAUUAACCUCAGGGGCAUUAACGCGGGUUCGAAGAUUGAUAUGGAGGACUUUUGUGAGGCACUGUCGGCUUCGCAGACGCAGCUCGAUGACCUUAUUAAAAAGUGUUUCCGUUUGAGCAAGCUGAAGAAGCUGUUGAGUAUGUUUGGCAGGGUAGGCAGGUUGGGAAGGUAGUGUUGCGUCUG